AUGACGGUCCUUUCUCAGGUUUUCGAGCACAUCGACCAAAACAAAGAUGCCCACAUCAAAUCUCUCAGUGACGCAGUAGCCAUCCCUUCAGUAUCAGCAUGGGUGACGCAUCGAGGUCACUCUCUAAAAUGUGCCCAAUUUUUUUCAGACCGUCUUCAAGCGCUUGGAUUCUCCACUGAGUUGCGUUCGCCUCCAAUCCAACAUAAAGUUGAGGGGCAGAUCGUCGAACUCCCUCCUGUUAUUCUUGCUCGCUCAGCUAAUGAAGAUCCGUCUAAGAAGACUCUUCUGAUCUAUGGACAUAUUGACGUGCAGCCGGCUGAGAAGAGUGACGGAUGGAACACGGAACCUUUCGAUCUGACGGAGCGGGAUGGAAAGCUUUUUGGCCGUGGAGCGACAGACGAUAAAGGCCCGGUGCUCGCAUGGACGAACGCCAUUGAGGCCUUCCAGAAAGUUGGAAAUAAUCCUGUUAACGCUCGUUUCAUUCUAGAAGGGAUGGAGGAAAGCGGAAGUGUUGGUCUGGAGGAAUUAUUGAAUGAUAUGAAGGCGAAGAAGGACUCAUUUUUGCAAGGAAUUGAUUAUUGCGUUAUUUCAGAUAGCUAUUGGUUGGGAGAUACAAGGCCGUGCAUUGCAUAUGGCUUGAGGGGAGCGAUUUAUUUUUUGAUUGAGAUCGAGUGUGCCAACCAAGAUUUGCAUUCUGGAUGCUGUGGUAGCCUUGUUCAUGAGGCAAUGUCCGAUCUUGUAUGGAUGUUGAGCCAGUUGACUGAUGUUCAGGGAGAAAUCUUAGUCCCUGGCAUUAUGGAAAAGGUUCGUGCUUUAAGUAAAGAAGAAGCAGCAACGUAUCAAGGCAUUGACUUCGAUAUUCCAAAACGACGGACCGAAAUGGGAGCUCCGAUGUUUAUCCAUGAAAAGGACCCCGCCAGAACACUUCAAGGAAUCUGGAGAUACCCUUGCCUCAGUAUCCACGGAAUUGAAGGGGCUUUCUCUGAAAAAGGAUUCAAAACAGUCAUUCCUGGAAAAGCCGUGGGAAAGUUCUCAAUUCGAACGGUUCCUGACAUGACGAGCGAGGACACGCAGAAGAAAGUCUUAGACUAUCUGAAUGACCUGUGGAAGAAGCGAGGCUCGCCAAACAGAGCAGUUUUUUCAUCUCCAGAUGCAGGCAAUUGGUACUACGCGGACCCCAAUUCUCCCAACUACAUGGCGGCACGUCGUGCGAUGCAAACUGUAUACAACGUUGCCCCAAACCUCAUUCGCGAAGGAGGUUCCAUUCCAAUCACGCUUGUAUUGAGCGAAUGUACAGGCAAGGAUGUUUGUUUGUUGCCAAUUGGGUGCAGCAAUGAUGGAGCUCACAGCCAAAACGAGAAGAUCAACGUUGACAAUUAUGUUAUGGGCGCCAAAGUUAUGGCUGCCUACAUGCAAGAACUUUCUGAUAUCAAACCCUAG